AUGGCACUUCAUGAUCCUAUGCUGCCUUCUAGUCCAUACUACCUGCAUCCAAAUGAAAACCCAGCUUUGGUUCUUGUUUCUCCUGUCUUAUCAAGCUCGAACUAUCACUUUUGGUCUCGAGCAAUGACAAUGGCAUUUUAUCCAAGAACAAGCUCCAGUUUGUUGACGGCACCAUCACGGUUCCACCACGAACAAAUCCUCUUUAUUCUGCCUGGGAACGAUGUAACACUAUGGUGCUUUCUUGUUUGUUCUUGUUCACCAUCUUGCUCUUGCGGUGUUUUUGUCACUCUCCAGAAAUAUCAUGAUAACGACAACGUUAUUCGUUUUCUUAAGGGUCUUCAUGAUCGGUUUGCUGUUGUUCGUUCUCAAAUCAUGCUCAUUGAUCCAUUGCCUCCAAUCAACAAAGUAUUUUCCCUGGUUAUUCAACAAGAACGUCACCUUCCUGCUGGCUCAUCUCAGUUGUUUGUUAGCAACACAUUGCGCGACCAUACUUCUUCAAAGAAAUCUCAGGCCAAAUCAUUUACUGAUUCACGGCAAUGUACCUUCUGUGGCAAAUCCAGGCAUAAUGUUGAUACUUGUUAUGAGAAGCAUGGCUAUCCACUUGGUUAUAAGUCUCGAGGUCGGGCUUUUCGUGCACACACAGCCCUUAAUGAUUGUAUUUCACAACCUUUGGACUCUUCGCAACAUGUUGACAUUUUGCCAUCUGAUCCUUCUGUUACUUUGACACAAGAUCAGUUGCAACAACUACUUACAUUGCUUCCAGCAUCUACCUCCCCACCUCAUGUUACCAAUACUACUUCUUCCUUACAACCAAACCCUUCCCCAUCCUCAGCUAAAGUGCUCCAUGGUCUUUAUAUUUUGGACUCCCCAGCUCAAACCUUUUCCAUUUCUACUCCCAUUACCUUGUCCGCCAACACAACUUCAUGUUCCCUUUGGCAUCAUCGUCUCGGUCAUCUUUCCGAUUCUCGACUAAAACUACUUUUCCCUUACAUUCCUUCUUUGUCUAUGUCAAAUAAUGCAACUUAUAAAGCUUGCCAUUUGGCCAAACAGAAGAAAAUAUCUUUUCCUGUAAGCACUUCCGUUUCCAAUAAAAUUUUUGAACUUGUUCAUGUUGAUAUUUGA